AUAUAUACGCUACUUCUUCUCUUGCACGUCACGCGCCUGUUAACAUCGUACGUGCGCGCUUCCGCAAAACAGUGAUAAAGAUGGCGGCCUUCGCCGCACAAGGCGUCGUAGUUCCCCGCAGCUUUCGGCUGCUGGAGGAACUGGAGGAAGGUCAGAAGGGAGGUGGAGACGGCACAGUGAGCUGGGGCCUCGUGAAUGACGACGACAUGACGCUAACUCAGUGGAAUGGCAUGAUCAUCGGCCCACCCAAGACUGUGUACGAUGGCAGGAUAUACAGUCUGAGAAUAGAAUGUGGAUCCAGAUACCCGGAGCAUGCCCCUCAUGUCCGCUUUGUGAACAAGAUCAACCUGAACGGCGUACACAGUUCAAGCGGCCUGGUGGAAAUAAAGGCGCUGACGGCGCUGUGUAGGUGGAGAAACUCCUACAACAUCCGGAUGGUGCUGCAGGAGCUCAGACAGCACAUGAUGAUGAAAGAGAACAGCCGGCUUUCCCAGCCGCCUGAAGGCCAGGUGUACAGCAACUAAGGCACCUGCUGCUGUCGUCGUCGUUCCCACACACUACUCUACCACUGUCAACUACAUCAUGUUAUCCCUCCCUCCCUCAGCAGCCUCCCAUUGGACAGAAAGAGGGAUGUGCACCCAUUUAAGUUGACGGCGCAGACCAGACGUUAUCCAACACAAAUACUGAACAUCUCACUUGUUGUUUUGUCUUGUGUUUGUGUUUGUGUUUGUGUUUGUGUGUGUGUGUGUGUGUGUGUGUGUGUGUGUGUGUGUGUGUGUGUGUGUGUGUGUGUGUGUGUGUGUGUGUGUGUGUGUGUGUGUGUGUGUGUGUGUGUGUGUGUGUGUGUGUGUGUGUGUGUGUGUGUGUGUGUGUGUGUGUGUGUGUGUGUGUGUGUGUGUGUGUGUGUGUGUGUGUGUGUGUGUGUGUGUGUGUGUGUGUGUGUGUGUGUGUGUGUUCUACAUCCAGAUUGUAAAAUAACCAAUGACAUGAUUGAGUGUACCAAUCGUGUGCUGCAUCCUUUACUUAGUAAAUACCCCCCCAGUAAACGUUUGGAUAAUUUGCAGUUAUUUUUCAGCAGAUUCCCCUCCAUGGAGAAAAAAAUAAAUAAAAUUACCCCACACAGUGCUUUGCUAAGUCUCCCGGGCCGUGUUGGUCUCAAAGUCCCCAGCUUCCGCAAAAUCCCGACGAUGUGAAAUUCACGGGUUUCCCUCACACGACUGCAUGUCCGGUACACGGGAAUUAACUGCUACUAGACAUUUAUCAACAUAUGUAUCAACAGGGCACUGCUGGCUCAUCACUCUUAUUCUCACACUUGUCUUCUGUGUGCCAUAUGGUUCAUAGAGCUUUGUGAUGGUGAUUGAUUAUUAGCAGCCGGAGAGAUGGAGGGAGGGGGGAGAGACAUAUAGCAGGAGGAGUUGUGUAUUUUUUUUUCCCCUUCUUUUUGUUUGUCUGCUGUUUUGGGGUUCUGGUUUGGGUUUCUUCAGUCUCCGGGCCGACCUGUGUAAACGCUCCACGGAGCUGUCUCCUCUCUCACAGUGAGCUCCCACUGAACGCGAUGUACGGCUUUGGAUGUUUAUUUUUUAUGAUGGGUUGAAUCUAUUCAGGGUGAUGGUGACCUGUUGCAUGGUUUUAUUUGAAUUAAACGUUAUUACUUUUGCA